AUGUCUAAAACUUUUACUUUUAUCAUUAUUUGUUCUCUUUUAUAUAUUUGUAAAUCAUUUAAAUGUGGUAGUAAUAAACUUGAAGAAAAUAUUGCUAGUUCAGUUGUUGAUCUUAAUUGUAAAGGACAAAAAGUAUUAAUAAAUAAAUGUUGUCUUCAACAUGAUAGAUGCUAUGAUAGACAAGAUUUAAAAAAAAGUUGUGAUGAUACAUUUUGUGAGUGUCUUGCAGUUGCUUCAAAGGGUAAUAAUUUGUGUAAAACAUUAGGAACAUCACAUAUGUGUAAUGUUGUAAGACUUUUUGGACAAACAGCUUAUGACCAAGCUAAAAAAGGUAAUACUGAUAAGAUAAAGAAAACAAAAAAAAUAAAAUCUAAUGGUGGAGGUAAAUUAGAAGGUAAUUCUUCAAAUCAAAAUAAAAAAUCAAAAGGAAAUAAAUUACAAAAAAUAGAAAAAACAUUGAAGAAAGAAGAAACAGAAGAAGAGGAACUUUUUAAUACAACAGAAAGAUUAUAA